AUGCUCGUCGACAGCCCUCUCCAACCUUCUUUUCCGUAUACCUCGGCUUUCGAGGACUUUUUCAACAUGGACAUGCUUUCUGGACCAUCCAACAACGCAGGUUCGAGCGGUUCGAGCUCCUCUUCCCCGUCCAACUCGUAUUCCCCUCUUCCCCCCACACCUCCCGACGCAUUCUCGCAGACACCGUCGAUGGACGUCACCAAUCCAUAUUUCAACUUUGCCCUCGACGAUGACAUGUCGAAAAUGGACACCCUCGCCACGCCGUCCGCGUUCGACUUUCUGAGCGCCUUCUCCUCAGCAGCCGCCGCGGCCCAACUCAGCAGCCCAGAGUCGGCGUCAGGUUCUGGAUCUGGCAGCUCUUCUCAUCUCAGCGACUCUCCCGUCGGCAUCGAUCCUCAGCUCGUCGGCACGCCCGCACAGGGCAAGCCGAUGAGCGACUUUGACGAAGGUGACGACGAGAACGACGAGGAGGACGAGAACGAGGGCGAGGGCGAGGAGCCCAGCAUGGAGCUGAUUACGCCGGUCAAAGUUGGCGGCCGGGGCAGCGCAGGCAGGAAGGGCACCGUGCAGUCUGGCGGCGUCGUCAAGCGAGCGGGCAGCGAGAAAAAGGAGAACAAGCCUGUGAGCAUGCUGUCCACGACGUCUGUCGAGCCGGACGAUUGGCGGCCGAGUCCUGAAGAAUACAAGAAGAUGACGAGCAAGGAGAAGCGCCAGUUGCGGAACAAGAUCAGCGCGCGGAAUUUCCGUGUCAGGAGGAAGGAAUACAUCACAACGCUGGAGGGCGAUAUCGCUGAGCGGGAUCGGCUGAUCGACGCUAUUCGGACCGAGUUGGGGAGCACGAAGUCCGAGAAUAUCUCGCUGCGACAGGAAAUCUCCGCGUUGAAGAAGGCGCUCCUGGAGGGUGCUGGGCGGGCGGACACGCCGGUGUUGCCCCCGCCUGCGCCUCUGCCGGCGAUUCCGUCGUCGGUACUUGGCUCUAGGUCGUCGCCCACGCCGGCGCAGCAGACAAAGUCGGCGCUGUUGACUCCGAACACGAAGAAGGAUCUACCGUCUUCGCCUCGGCUCGGUGCGACGGGCUUCUGGGGCGGUGCGGCGGGCGGGCUGGGCGGAUUUGGUGGGAUCACGCCUGUCCACACGACGCUCAUCCCGGAGUGGGGCAGCGUGUUGUCGGCUAAGCCUGUCGCGGGGACGAAGGGCAGGCGGAGUCCUGCGCUGCAGGAGAAUAUCAACCCGGGGCUCAAUGGGUUCACGGCGACGGCGCUGGCGGGCUUGAUGGGUGUGCAGCCUAGCCAGGACAAGCAGCAGCAGCAGCAGCAGCAGCAGCAGGUGGCCGGGUUCGAAACGUUUUUGGACACGAACCCGUUUACGCUCAAGACGCUGGACCCGUACCGGAUGCAGCUCUGGCGGAACAUGGCGCAGCAGCACUUGCAGCACCGGCAACAGGCGCAGGACGGGCAGCAGGCGUCGGGUUCGAACACUGCUCCCGGGGCAGGCACGAGCGGCCUUGCGAGUGGGCUGCGGCCGCACUAUUUCAGCGGGAAGCCGGUCGGGUCGUCGCUCGUUCCGGGCAAGUCUGCGGCGGGUUGUUACGCCACUCCUCCGAACUCGCCGCCUCUGCGUGCGAGCACCUCCCCUCUGUCGAGUUCGCAGAGCGCGAACGAGAAGAAGCAGGUGCCAACGGCGCAACAGGCGGUGCUGGCCUCUCUUGCUUCACAGACGCUGGUGCGGAAGUUGGGUGCGGCGUUCUGGGAUGCAUUUUCGGCGCCGGCGCCUUCGAUCGGGCGGUCGCAGUGGGACGUGGAGAAGGUGCGGCGGGUGAUCGAGGGGAGCGCUAUCGUGCGCGUCGUCGACGUCGAGCCUCCGGUCGCAGCGAAGAGCACGAAGACUGCGCCGAUGAAGAGCGAGGCACCGACACCGCACCCUGUUCCAGCGAUGUCUGCAAAGUGCCAGUGCUUCACGGAGGUGCUGGAGGAAAAGAUGCGAGGAUUGACUCUGGGGAAGAAGUAG